AUGUCAUUGAACUCGUUUACAGAUUCUUUCAGUAAGAAAUUCCAGGAACUUUCUACGCAGGUGAGUCAAGCUGCCCAGGAUGCGCAGCUUGAUAAAAGGUUCAAGGAUCUUUCGCAAGCAGUGUCGCAAAGAACCCAGGAUUUGACAACCCAAUUACCCAACCUAGCUCAAUCGACGCAACGUAUAAUGCAAGAAAAAUUGGGGCAAGUGACUGAUAUAUCGCAAAUGCCCCAAGAUUAUGUGGAAUUGGAAAACAGGGUUGACAGAAUCAAACUGGUGUACGAGAAUUUCUUGAAAGUCACGCAGGUGUAUGAAAACGAGAGUUACGACUAUCCUAGCAACGUCAGAGAGUCGGUAAACGAGUUUUCGAGCGUUGUUGGCGCGAGAUUGCACGACCUUUCGCGUGCUGCGACAGCUGACGAAGCGCAGUCGAUUUUGAUCGCACCUGGCCCCCACAAGGAUCCCAAAACACUUAACUAUGCUCUCAGCAAAGUGGCUUUGACCUCUAGCGAAUAUUUGAAUAAAUCUUCUGGCGGGCAAGACGAUGAGCUCGCUACUGCCUUGCUCAAGUACAGCGAUGUUCAGACAAAAAUUGCACAGGCAAGAUUGCAGCAAGACACUUUAAUUCAAACCAAGUUCAACAAGAAUUUGAAAGAAGCUCUUUCUAAGGACCUUUUGGCUGCGCAAACUGCGCGUAAGAAUGUGGAACACAAGAGACUGCAGUAUGACAUUUCAAGAGCCAAUUUGGCGUCUGCUAAACCUGAAAAGGAAGCUUCUCUGAGAGUUGAAAUGGAGGCCUACGAAGAUGAGUUCGCGCAGGCCACUGACGAUGCGGUAAUUGUCAUGCAGCAAGCUAUCCAAUCUUCCGCGUUUCUGAAGGAUUUGCAUGAGUUAGCUGUCGCCCAACUCGCAUAUCACAAGCUUUCUUCAGAACUUUUAUCAGAAUUUGUUCCUCAACUAGAGUCCACCAAGCAAGAAGAGGGAGAGGACAAGCCUGGUUUGUAA